AUGUCGGGAGAUGUCUCCUCCCUCACACCGAGCAAUCCGAAGCCAGCGAAGAGCGAGUCCACCAGAAUCGGUCACGUCGCCAGUGCCGUCUCAGGCCAUGGACUGGGAGGGGCGAUGGCGCGCACCGCGACUCGUGUUGCAGCGCUAUACCUCUCCAGGCCAGUCCGGUUGUUCAGACCGCAGAAAAUGAGCCCGUGGACGACGUUACGCGGCUUAGCGGAGCAGCAGGGAACAGACUUCUCCCCCAGGUUCGUGGUGAACAUCUUUCGCACACAAGGAUGGCAUAUCUUCCUACAUCAUUUCCUCCCCCCAAUCUUUGUCAACACCACCAUGGGCACAGUCCUCUUCUCCUCCUACACGUUUGCCCACUCGGUGCUCUCCUCCCGCCCUCAGCUCAAGGAACACAGUACUGCCGUCGCUGCGCUCGCAGGAGCGGGAGCGGGCGCUGCGCACGGACUGGUAGGUGCGCCUCUGGACAACGUUGCGCGCUAUUUAGCGGGGGACAAGAGCUGGCGCCAAGCGUGGGGUGAAGCGUUCCACCUCUCCCCCCCUCCGCCGGCGUCAACCGCUCGCAACCCAGUACAAGCCAGCGCCCCGCACCCGACGAGCCAGUACCCACCACCAACACUCACCGAAGCCAGGGAAGCGAAACAAUGGCUGUGGGAAUGGCGGCAUAUGGCCGGGCGGGGCUGGACGGGCUGGCGCUGGGGGUGCGCAAAGGACGUGACUGGCUUCACGGGGUUCUUUGCGCUGUUUGACGUUAGCCGGCGGGGGGCGAACUACUUGGCUAGGGAGCUGACGCCGGAGGGGUAUGAGAGUAGGAAUGGGCGCCGGCCGGUCCUGGCGAGGGCUGCACAUGGGCUUGCGCUUGUUGGAGGCGGCGUCCUUGGGGGGUUGGUGUAUGAGUUGGCUGCUAGACCUUGGGAUGCCAUGCGUGCUCUGUGGGUGUUGAGCAAGGCCCAUGCUGGAGAGAAGACGUUGCUCGAGGUGGGAAUGAUGGGACUGAGGGACAAGGGCGUGUUGUGGUUCUUUAGAGCGCCGAGGAGGUCGAUGAUUGAGCAGAGGGGAAGAUGGUAUUGGAGAGUGUUGCCGACGUUGGGCAGAGUGGGACCUUGGGGAGUUGCAUUCCUCGUUUGGGAGGGAAUUGGAGGGACAGUCAUAGGCGAUGUAUAG